GAAGAAGAGCAGUGGAUCAAAGAGAUGAAAAAGUUACUUGGAAAUGAGAGCUUCUACUUUAGUGUUUGCACAGGUGGGGAUGAGCCAUUAGACUUGACCCUAUGUGCCCAGCGACGAGCCAAGACUAAUCGCACUGACAACAGAUUCUUUUGGAAUCGCAUGCUUCACCUCCACCUGAAGCGGUUUGGAGUUGACUGUGACCAGUGGUUAAUCAAGACAAUGUGUGGGAGUGUGGAGUUUGCAUCUCUAUAUAUGAAUAAUCACACCCCAAAAAUCUUAAUGGUCUCCAGGCUAAGUUGUGAGAGAGCUGGAACUAGGUUUAUGGUUCGUGGUGUGAAUGAUGGUGGGCAUGUUGCCAAUUUCGUGGAGACAGAACAGCUAAUUCACAUUGACUCAAUGGAUGAUAUUGUUCUGUCUUAUAUCCAAACUAGAGGAACUGUACCACUUUUCUGGGAACAACCAGGGUUAAAU